CACAUCCGACUUUAUUUCCGGUUUUUUUACACAAAGUAAAAGUUUCUUGAAGUUGCCCCGGAAACAAUGCUUAAAUACCGGAAGUACAUCGUUGAGUCUUUUAUCGCAAACGCAGGGUUGUUUCCCAGCGAGUAACCACCGUGUUGCUCUACAGCUCACACGCCGCUGAUAAACAGGUUAUAAAGGUGUGUGUGAGGUUUGUGUGCACCAUGCAGUGUGUGUGGGACGAACAAGAGGCUUAUGAUGAGCUGCUGUACUGGGACUCCCUGAUACAGGAGGGACACACACUUCACCCACGUGACUACAACAGGUACGAGGAGCUGCGGUACUGGUAUGAGUGUGUGUGUUAUGAAGAUAAACUGAGACAAUACCACGCCUGUGUGGCUGAGAUGAAGCACAGAGAAGCUGAUGUUCCUCCUGAUCCUGAGAAACUACUCCCUCAGAGGCUGUUUGUCAUCGAGGAUCGUCAUGUUAAGGCCAAACACACUAGUGUGUAUCCAUGUGCGGAGGAGCUGCAGGCCGUGCAGAACAUGGUGUCCCAUGUGGAGAACGGACUGAAGACCGUCGCUAACUGGCUAAACAGGCAAGAUGCUGCGAGUGGGAGUAAUAAGCUACAGGGGGUACGGAGAGUGGGUUUGGUGGCAAAGGGGUUGUUACUGAAGCAGGACAUGGACCUGGAGCUCGUGUUGCUCUGCAGUGACACACCGACACACAAACUACUGAAUGCCAUCACCAACAAACUACAGGAAGUAAUGAAGGGCCAGAUGGAGGGCGAGUAUGUGAUCACUCUGGCCAUUGAGGAUGCUGCUGUAAUGGUGAAGACUGUAAAGGAACCGAUGCUAAACAUGAAGAUCCAUCUUACAUCCCCUGCUGUAAGGGAUUGGGUGGAGCAUGGGCAGGCCAGAGAAGCUCCGCCCGGCGCUCUGGACACAAACAAAUGCCUGGAGUCUCUCGCGUCUCUGCGCCACGCCAAGUGGUUCCAGGCUAAAGUUUCCAACCUGCACUCAAGUGUCAUCGUCAUUCGCAUCCUGAGAGAUCUGUGUACCCGUGUCCCUACCUGGGCCCCACUCAAAGGAUGGGUGUUGGAGCUUCUGUGUGAGAGAGCGAUAUCAACGAGUGACAGACCGAUGGGACCAGGAGAGGCUCUGAGGAGAGUACUAGAGUGUGUCGCGUCUGGAAUACUACUGGAGGAUGGGCCUAGUAUUUCUGACCCAUGUGAGAGGGCAGGUGUGGAUGCGAGCUGCCAUCUUACCCCCCAGCAGAGGGAGGACAUUACACAGAGUGCACAGUUUGCUUUGCGGCUCAUGGCAUUUGGACAGAUCCACAAAGUGUUGGGGAUGAACCGGUUGUCACCCAAAGUGGGGCACAUGUACAGCGACACACUCAUCUCCCAAACCCCAGUGACAGGACUGAGUGUGAUGAAGCGAUCGUUGGAAUCAGCCACAGAGGAAGAGUCGAGCAGCAGUAAAGUCCCUCGCAAAGAGAUCGUCAUUGAGCCCAGUAAUGCUGUGAUGAUGCUGAAUCAGCUGCACCCAGGUUUGCUGUACCGGCUCGUGUCCCAGACGGGUCCUGAACACAGUCCACACUUCACCAUGGCCAUUGAAGUGAAGGGCAAAAUGUACGAGGCAACAGGACCCUCAAAGCGCAAUGCCAAACUGCUCGUCGCCCAAAAAGCCCUACAGGCUCUGGGUAUAGUGGUCACACCCACAGAGACUACAGCUACACCUGAUCAGAAGAAAGGUCAGGAGACUGUCACAGGAACAAACAGAACUGCAGUGACUGGGGGGGAAGGAGCUGAGGCUACACUACAGGGGGGUCCGAUUCUCACUAAACAUGGAAAAAAUCCGGUCAUGGAGUUGAAUGAAAAGAGACGGAGUCUGAAGUAUGAGGUUGUCUCAGUGAGAGGACGAUUUAACGACAAGAUCUUCACCAUUGAGGUGGAAGUAGAUGGACAGAAGUUUCAAGGUUCAGGUUCUAAUAAGAAGUUAGCGAAGGCAAAUGCUGCUCUGGCUGCACUAGAGAAACUUUUUCCUAAUGACAAUCCUGAGAACCAGAAGAAGAAGAAAUUCUCUCCAAUGGGUUACGGUGGAGUUGGUGGAAUUUCAUAUAGUGCUGGGCGUGGCAGAGGAAGAGGGCGGGGUCGAGGAUUUAACAAUAAAGGCUCCACUUUUAAAGCAGUGAGCAGUUGCUCUGGGUUCUCAGUCAGCAGUGAAUUGAACACUGCAGGCUCUCAGGAGGAACAGUGUGUGUCAGACGCACCAACACCGGUGUAUCAGGCCGUGCCUCCACCCAGCAGCGGUUACUACAGCCAGCACAGCCAUGAGUACGGCCAGUACAGAAAGAACACACAGAACCUGAACCAAAACUGUGGGCAGAACCAGGAGUCUCUUGUGGGACCUGAUUAUGGAUAUGGCUACCAGAAUACUCAGAACUACAACUAUGGGGCAUAUUCUAAUCAGUCCACAUUUGGGGCAGGUGGAACUGGAACAGAGAAUUUUGGGUAUCAGCAGAGAACCUACCCCAACCCCGGGGGCUACAGCAGCAACAACACAAACUACAGCUACAAAUAAACACUCUGCCAAGGAUGGAGCUUCUCUUCACAAGCUGACAGCAGCGUUACUCUACAGGAGAAUAAAUCUGUUCAUCAUCAACCUUCAGCUUUGUCUCCCAGGAGCUUCUUUUACCACAUGCAUUAUGUCUCCAGAAGGUGGAGCUUCCUCUGCUCCUGUUCAGUAAAUAGCACUGUAGGUGAAGCUUCGUCCAUUUUGUCUAAUAAAGACUGAUUCAUUAGUGGUUUUGUGGUGGAGACUUUGGGUCUCAGUUUCUCUGCUCUGUUGAGUAAAUAGUUCUUGUGCACGCUGCUGUUUGGCUUUAGAUUUUCUCCACUGUUCCCCUUCUUAACCCCCCCCCCCCCAACAGUGUUAUUGUAGUGCAUUUGCACGUCCUUGUUUUCACAUCUUCAGUAGUGUUUCCUUCCUUGUUAUCCUCCGAGCUGAUGUGUGUGAUUCAGGCUGAUCAUGUGAGAAAAGAGGAAGAGCUCCAGCCUGAUUUUCCUCUGAGGAAUAUUUCUAAUACUGUUCUUUUUGACUGAGUGUGAAGUGGAAACAGCCACAAAUGUUAAUGUCAUUCUCAUGGUAGAAGUUUUUGUUUUGUUUCUCUUCCUGAUUGUUUAAGUGACUGUGACUUUCAUCUGAACUUAAACACUGACUGAAUAAAAUGUUUUCUAUUUUUAAACCAAAAA